AGAUGUAAAGGAACAAAAAUUAUAUCAGCCUACCCAAGAAAAAUUACCGCCGCAGGCGCAAAAUAACAAUACCAUGCUGGCAAAAAUUAUUAGUAGCCAUCUCAAGCUUCUCGUUCUUUGAUCUCAAGCUUCUCGCUCGAGAAGUAUAGGUACUUAUGUUCCUUCUCAAGAUGAUCUAAAGUAAAUCUUGAAACAAUUGACUGUCGCACUGUUAUUAUUUUGUCUAUGCCAACUGCCACUGUCACCCGCCAUCCCGAUUUCAAAUGACAGCAAAACAAAUUUCCACUUUCUUAUCCAUAAAAUAUUUAUACAAACUUUAAUUUUAAAAUCGUAUCGUUAUGCGUAAAAUGGAUGGUGGGGAAAAGUGAAUUUAUAUUUAUAUUAAUUUACAAACGUUUUAAUUUUAAGUAAGAUGUCUUUUAUAACGAAACGGGAGCGUGUGUUUGAUGAGUUUGAGCAGUUUGAGUUGCCGGCUCGGAAUGAGGGUAAGCUCAAGGCGUAUGGCUCGUGCACGGACGCGCGCGCGUGGUCGCACUUCUGCUCCGACAAGACAGAGAACUUGGUGGACAUCAUCAAGAGGAACAAUACCAUGUGCACGCACAAGUAUAUACCGACUAAGGUGAUAGUGGAGACGCUAAUGGCCGCCCGGAACGCCGAGGUGUCCCGCCUGAAACGGCGCAUCCGACAGCUCGAGCUCAUGCUGGCCUCGUACCACCAGCUCGACCUCACGGAGGCGCAGAAGAGCGAGAUAGAUAAAGCUCAUGAAGAAAUUAAAGCAGCUAACAAGGAUUUAGAUGAAUUACAUUUAGAUUUAAACCUAUCUGGUUUCACUGAGGGCAUUGACUCAGAAGCGUACGAGACUGGCAAAUCUAGAACUGCUGAGUCAGCAAGGUCUCGAGGGGAUGAUACUUGGUCUUUGGGCAAGGGGAGCGAGAGCCGAGCGUGUCAGAACGAAUCUUGCGCUGUAUCAGUAAGCACGCAUGCAGAGGAUCCAAGAAUCAAUGAAAUGGAACAGACUAUUAUUACUAAAGAUGCAAAAUUAAAUGCUAUGAAAAAUACUCUAGCUGUCAUGGAAAAUGACGUUUGCGAGCCAUACUGCAUCUACGCGCACAUUUACAUAGCACUAGAGAAGAUUCUAAGGAUUUUAUGCCAGCAUGAAAAAUACAAGGAGUAUAUCGAUUUGCUAACAGAUGGAAAAGAUGCACGUUUUCUAGAUAUAAAAGAGAAGAUAAUGUUUAAAAUAAAAGUAUUACAACGAUUCAGUUUAGCAUUGGUUGCGCCUUGUACAUCAGAAUGUAAGGAAGAAACUAGUAUAACCUGUUCUUGUAAUCGAAAUGACAAUGUACGGGUAGAAUUGGCGCUGACCGCACCAGAAAUGAACCCUGUAACUUCUACUAUGGAAAACCAAAGAGCUCAAUUAGUUGCGGAUAUAAUGGAGAAUGAAGACAUUAAAGACAUUUUAAUAAAAUCCAGCACUGAAAGCAUAUAUAAGGACUCUGAAAAUUAUACAAAACCAAAUGAUACUCCAGUAUCCUGUUGUAUAGAUUCUGACAACUUAGCUCGCUUAAAACAGCUUCAAUUAGAUUACGAAGAUCUCAUACAAUGUUAUGAAAACUUAAAACACGAGAGGAUUUGCUUACUUUUACGAUGUACCCGUUACAAAGAGCUCGAAUUUGAACUGGACAAUAUUAAAAUGCAAUUUAAAGAAUACAAUGGGUUGUGGAACGAGAAAGAAUAUUACAAGAACCGCUCAGAUGAAACUGAUCAACUUAAAGAAAAAUAUUAUGUACUGUAUGAUGAAACAAAAAACCUAGAAAUGCAACUGAAAGCUGAAUGUGAAAAGAAUAAAACGAAGACUAACACUAUAACAGAACUAAGAAAUGAGAAUAUUGCUCUUGAGAAAAAGCUCAACGACACGUCAAUAACAUUUGAAAAGGAAACAAGUGCAUUGCAGUGCAAGCUAAAGGAGUCUGAAUGUAAAGUUAUGUGUUUAGAGGAACAAAUCAAGUGCUUAAAAGUUCAGAUAGAUAACAUAUUGGAACAUGAGCGUGAUAAGCUAACACAAAUUUUACACGAUCCUAUUACCCUUCAAAACGAAAUCAAACAAUUAAAAGAGCAGUGUAAGCUUGAAAAUUAUGAAAAGGAAACUAUACAAGAGCAAUUCCAUGAUCAGCUCAAUCUUAUCAAUGAACUGAAAAAUGAAAUCGAGGAUUGGAAAGGUUCAUAUGAAAGAAUUCUCUGUCGCAAUGAAUAUUUGGAAAGUGAUUUAGAUAAAAUGCAACAAAAAAUGAACCAUCUUAUCGAACAUAAUAGAAAUCUUUCGGAUGAUCUAGAUGAAAAAAAAUUAGCUGCCGAUAAUUUAAGAAAUAUUAUCACAAAUAAAUCAUUAGAAAUCAAUAAGUUAAUAACUGAAAAUGAGUCUAGAAGAGCUGAAAAUAAAGAACUUCUUGCUAAGUUCCAAGAAACAUUAAUAACUCAUAGCAAUAGUAUCGUUGCUCUUGAAAGAACAAAAACUGAGUCUGAAAAUUCUUUACAAACCGCAAAACAAGAAAAUCAAGAUUUAGCUAAUAAAUUGAAAAAAUACGAGGAAAAAAAUCAACAAAUAUAUGUGUUAACAAACGAAAUUCAGGAGUUGAAAGAUAAUCUCGCGGUUACUGCAGCCGACAAUGCGAGACUUUACAAAAUUUGCAGUAAUUUAGAAGAAAUAGAAAAUAAAAAGGAUUUGUACGAGGAUCUUCAAAAUCGAUUACAAGCAAUUAUAAAGGAAAAUAAACAUUUAAACGACAACAAUAUAACAUUACAAGAAUGUAUGAAAAAAAUGAAAGAAGAACAUGAUUACAAAAUAAUGGAACUAAAACAAGAAAUAAAACAAUAUGAACAUAUUAUAGAAAAAAAUCAAAAUGAAGUAAAACGCCUAUCUGACGAUAAAAAUAAUUUAAUGAGUGAAAAAAAAUAUUCAAAUACUUCACUAGAAGCAGCUAAAAGACAAACACAAAUUAUAGAAAACCAAUUAUCCCAUUUUGAUAAUCUGUCAAAGGAUCAGGAAAGUUUAAAAAUGUCACAUGAAAAUAAUUUACAAACAGAAAAAGAACAAUUAGUCAAAAAACAUACAGAAAACGAAGCAUUAAAGAUUGAAUUACAAAGUGUAAAACAAUUAUAUCAGAAUUUAGAGAAAGAAAAGCAACAAAAUUUAAUUGACACGGAAGCUUUAGUUCUCUCUGCAAAAGAGGAAAUCCACAAUUUGAAAUUGAUUGCUAAUCGAGUACCGAAUCUAGAAGAUGAAUUAGAAACAAUAAACAAAAAAUAUACUGAGCAAAAAAACCGCUUAGAUGAAAUUGUAGAAAGUAAUACAAACGAAUCUACCCUUUUAAAAAAUGAUUUAGAAAAGGCACAACAGCGCAUAAAAUCUCUAAUUGACGAAAAUUCCGCCAUGGUUGAAAAGUUCAAUUUAGUGGAUCAUGAAAUCCAGAAACAGAUGGCAGAAACAGAAAAAACCAAAGAAGAACUGAUGAAAGCAAAGCAGACUAAUGAUGAAAUUAAAGAACAAAAUAACAGGUUACAACUGGAUAUUGCUUCACAUAUCCAGGAUUUGAAUUGUGCUACACAAGAAGCAGACACUCUGCGUCAGCAUAGUAAUGAGUUAUUUGCCGAGAAAAAAAUAUUGGAAGAAUCUUUGAUUACAUGUAGGAAUCAGCUCAUCCAGUUUGAAACUACACAAGAUAAUUUUUUGAGUGUACAAAAAGAAUUGGAAUAUUUGAAAAAUGAAAGGCUUAACACACAUAAAAAGAUAAAUGGCCUCUUGGAUGAACUUGACCAGUCUAAAAAUAAAAUUUUAGACUUCAAGGACGAUAUCUCAGCUAGAGAUGAUACAAUAGCUUUUCAACAAAAUCAUAUAAAUGAUUUGAAUAUCCAAGUAAGAGAACUUCUGACCAAUUUAGGACAACUUGUAGAAGCAAGUGAGAGCUCACAAGAUAUCAACAGACAGAAAGCCGACUUAUCAGUUAAAAAAAUAGAAGCCCAUCAUUCGAAGGCAACGCAUAAUAUGAAAAUGGAAUUAGACAAUUUAAAACAGAAUCAUGUCUUAUUAGAAAAUAAACUAACACAUUCAAGAAGGGUAUCAGAUGAAUCUUUGAAAGAUCAAGAACAAAUCACGAUGCAAUUUCAAACUCUUCUUAAUGAAAGAGAGAUUAUUGUAACAGGGCUGAAAGAGUUGGAAUUAAAAUGCACGGGACAUUCCUUAUUAUCUCCUAAUAGAUGUCAGAUUGACGAUAUAAUAGCAAGCAUUAACAACAUACGAAACGCUUUAGAUAAACGCACGUCUGAGCUAUCGAGCUUAGAACAAAAAUUAACUUCAGUACAAUCUUCAUCAAAAUUACUUCAGUCUAAAACUGAUGCGGCACAGAGAAUAUUUGAAAUAGAAAAACAAAAAAUACAUUAUGAAAAAGAAGAGGCAAUCAAAAAUAGAUUAACAUUGGAAAAUAAAAUAGUCGACUUGAAAAAUUCUCUUGAUACAGAAAUAGCACAAGGAAAAAAAUUGUUACAGGAAAAAGAAGUAGAAUUACUGAACCAAAAGUUUAUUAUAGAACAAAUAAAUAAAUCAUCCCAAGCGCAUAUUAAGGAAUUGGAAGGACAGCUACAUCAUCUUCAACACUUAUAUGACGAUGCUCAAGUUAAAAUAAAAAGCCUGGAGGUUCAGAUUCAAAACAUAUCCGAUGAGAAUAUUAAAAAAAUAAAUGAAAUUGGCAAUUUACUUAAAGAAAAAUCUGCGGAAGUUACGACUCUUCAAGACGAAUUAUCAAAGAUGAAUCAAAUCAAAUCUUUAAUUCAUAUCUCAACAGAAAUUUCUAAGACCGUUACCGAUAUGAGUACUCAAACUCAUAAUUUUAAAGAAGAGCCUAUUAAACUGUAUCCGGAAACGCCGAACAUACCUACGUUAAGUCUAGAUGAGGAAAAAAUAUUACCUCAAAAACUUCCAUCUUUAGAAAAUGAAGUAAAAAUCCUAACAUCACAGCUUGUUCCUGAUUUAGACCACAAAUACAAACGCUUAAGCCCAGGACUAUUAGAGCAACAUUCUAUUCCAUCUCGCGAAGAAACGAGUGGGAUAAAUAGUAGACACAGUCCUUCAGAAAAUGAUUUUAAAGAAAACAAAGUAACAAACUCAAAUGUAGUACGUGAUUUGCAAUCUCAUGAUAGAAUAAUACCUAACGUCGUUCAAAAUAAACAUGGUUUAAAUAAUAUCAAGUCGCUAGGAGAGAUUGAAAAAAACAAUGUUUUGAAACGUAAAGAUGCUAAUUCACUGUACUCUCCAAGUACAUCUAACGAGGAAAACUUAUUCGUAUUCAGAAAAGAUAGUGAAAUCAGUUUUAAAAGCAAUACAAGUAACCUUGCAGAAUAUAAUAUAAAUAAUAAUGUUAUAGUAAUACCAGAUUCAAUUUAUGAAUCACGUACAGAAAAAGAUAUUGAAAUAGAAAAAGAAGAUAACAAUAUAAAUUACCAUCAUUACAACAAGAAGAAAAGUGAUCACAAAUAUACAAACAUAAUUGACCCCGAAAUUGAAAAAAAAUUACCCCAUAUAAACAUACAUAAUUCAUCAAUGUCUAACAAAUUGGAUUUAAAUAAAUCAUCAAAAAAUCUGUCAACUAAUUUAGCCAUUUUGCCAGCGAGUGAUAGAACAUUAGCUGAUCUUGCUCCAUCUGAUCAUCUUGUUUCACGAGAAGAGAAUUCUGUGCAACAUAAUUUAGGACUACAAUUUAUACUUAAAGACGCAAAUAAUUCAGAACAUUCGUAUAAGAUUAUAACAAAAAACAAAAGUAUUGAUAACUUGUUUUCGGAUAGUAUCAGUUCAAAUAUUGAUAAAAUAAUUUCGAGCAGUAUAAAUUCUAUAGGAAAUAAUAAAGAAACUUCCGAAGACAAGAGUGUGUUGGUUAAAAUUGAUUCUGAAUACGAAGGCGAACUGAAACGAUUAUCAAAAGCAUUUGAAUAUUAUAAAACAAUUUCCUUGAAUAAUAUGGAAUUUUUAAAAUCUAAGUACGAUAACCACUCUAAAUCGAUUAUGAAUGAACAUAAUGAAGGAGUGAAGAACAUGCAAGGUUCGAAGACUCGGCACGACAUUAUUAAUGUUCAUGAAAAUGAAGUCGAGACUUUACGGUCGAUGAGUAUUGAAGCUAUGAAAAAAACCGACACUGUCGAAAACGAUACUUUGAAGCAUCAAUUGGGGAAAAACUCUAUUACCAGUUUUGAAAAGGGGACAGUCAACAUACAGAGACCGAGUCGACGUAACUGUGUGUCCCUCGACAGGACUGAACUGCAGGCGUUAGACGCUCGAUCCGCGAGCCACGGGCCUUGCACUUGCUCCGUGGAUGAUGACGUCACCGACACCAUACGAACUAUAUUCCAUCAUGUCCAAUCCGAAAUGGUUGAGAAAACUUACCUUAAAAAUUUGGGAACCAAGUUGAUUAAUGACAAUAUUGAGUCGCUAACCCUUCACGAGCUAUCAUUUCUGCAUCUGCAAGUGUGUCGCAUGUGGAAAUCUAAAUACACAAAGGAAGAAGCACUGCAGAAAAGCAUUGAUAUGCUCAGGAAAGAGGUGAUGAACAAACAAAGAUUGGCCCAUGAACAUAUAGCUGAGCUGGACCGCAAGGUGGCGGAAGAGACGCGCCUGCUUCAAAUGAGGCGUGAGGCGGCGUGUGCUGCGCAGGGCCAGAGACCGACUGCUGGCCCCAACGCCGUGUCUCCGGCGGCUCGAGCUACGACCAUAGAUAGAGAUGUCCGUUGCAACUGUUCCAUGGUAGCAGGCCCCCCAGGAAUUAAAGAACGUCUUUCAGCGGGUGACCUAUUUAAAAUCACUGGCCAUAAACGACGACCGAAACGAGUAAAGAUGGAUGCACCAAAAGCUACUCCUGGGCGAGUGACGGAGGAUCGUCGGGAGAAAAGGAACUACAACGAUGAACCACCAACACGCCUGCGCAGCACGCCCGACCGCUCUCGACCGCGGAACUCGAAGAAGUGAACAAAAUCAAAGACAUUGCUCAUUUUGCUAACCGCCAUUUUGUUUUGUAACUAUUAAUUUAUUUUGUUUUCGUUUAAUUUAUUUGUUUAUCAAUAUCAGUGCAGACUAAAUUAUUAAAGGUACCUAUGAUGUCAAAAAAUAGAAAGCUUUAAAAAUC